AUGGGCGAGGGAUGUGCUGUGCUGGGUGAUGUGAUAACAUCAUCGAUUGUUUUGGUCAUGGCGUGUUACUCGUCACGCACCAACUACGAGUUACAAGUAACUUCCGUCCAGCGUCGUUCUCGAUUAUUUAUUCGUUCUCUCCCCUACUUAAAGCACCGCGAGCUGAAUAGAUUCACAGCAGCUGCGCCUGCAUAUCCGGGUGGGCCCUCGCGCUUCGCGCCGCGGGCUAUUGCGGAGCAAAUCGACGACGGCGCGUCCGGCAGCGGCGGAAGCGGGGACGACCGGGAGGAGCGGAUCUCGAUCCGCGCGCCUGUCAGCGUGGACUAUGAUUACGAGGAUGAGGAUGAAUUCGCGGAGGAGGCGGAAUCGCGCGGAAGCGGGAGCCGGGGGAUGCUGAAUCCCUCACGCCGGCGCAGUGGCAGGGGGGAACAGGCCGGCGCGCGCAGAUCUCCUCUUGGCGGCGGCGGCGACGAUGAGGAAGAGGAGCGGAUCUCGAUCCGCGCUCCGCUGAGUGUAGACGACUGGAACGGAGACGAGGACGAGGAAGACGAGGAGGGCGAAGAGGAGCGGGUGUCUAUUCGGGCACCGAUAAGCAUGGACGAUGACGGUGACGAUGACGAUGACGAUGACAGAAGCACCGCGAACACGGAAACUACCGGCGCCGGCGCGAAGAAGCCGCCGUCGAUUCACGCGCCGCUGAGCGUCGAGGGCGACGACGAAGAGGAUGACGACACGUGGCUGAAACGGUUACGAGCGCGCACCAAGGGCUCCGGUACGCGGAGCACCACUGGCGGCGGAAGCUCCACCGGUCGCAGGCGCACGCGCCGGCCUUCGGGGGAAUUCGACAGGCGCAGCCGGCUUAGCGCGGAGGUGUAUGGGGGAAAGAAAGUGGGUCGCAGCAAACGGAAGGGUUCGAUCGGGGGAGAUCUCCCGGGUUUCGGGUUUGGUCCGGGCGGGGUGCUGGGCGUGGGGGAUCUGACCGUUCCGCGCGCGAGGAUCACUUCCGACGCGGAGGACUUUUCCGCUCCCCCCGCAGUGUCGGGAGACGCGGAAGACGGGGAAUCAGAAGAAGAGUCCGGGAUCUCGUCCGCAGGUCCGCGGUCUCCGCUUGUAGGGGGUGGGCGGGGAAAUCUGGAUGCGAACUCCCGCGGGUAUGAGGCAGCCGCGGGCUCCGCGGAGACCAGCGGAGCGGAUGGGCGGGCAGAAGCGGGGGAGGGCCAGCCAGUGGCGGAGGCGGAGGUGUGGCAGCUGGUGGCGGACGUGAUGACCCGGAAAGAGCAGGAGAAGGUGCGCGGAAGAGAGGCGCGCGGUGAUAGAGGUGGCGGAGGCGAAAGCGGAGCGGAGAGAGAUAAGCUUGCAGCAGCCAUGGCGGACGGCGCAGGAAAAGCAAGAGAAACUCCCACGGAGACUUCUCUGGAAGGGAGUGUGGAAGGGGCGGAAACCCUGAAGGGGACUGUUGUUGAUGACGCUUCCGUGCAGAUGGCUGGGGACGAGAGCGCGUCUAGGCUAGCAACAGCUGGCUCGGCAGCAACAGCGGCAGCAGCAGGAGAAGGAGGAGCAGCAGGAGGGGGUUCAUCAGCUGGGGCUGUGUCAAUGACUGUCUGGGCGAACGAGAACGGGAGUGAGGCGAAUAGCAGGUCGGUGGUAACCAACAGCACGGGGGCGACUGAGGGCGGGAGCGAGUGCAGCACCGCGGAGGAGAUCGCGCAUCUGCACGCUGACCUGGGGUGGACCGAGGACGAGGGCGCAAAGCGCGGAGAGCGCGAGCAGGGAACGCGGGAGGGACGGGAGGCUGUGAGGAGGGGAGGGGAGGUGGCGAAUGCGGGUGAAGGGGGUGAGGAAUCGGGUGAGGGAGGAGGCGAAUUGGAACCGUUUGAGGAUGCUAGUGCUGCUGCCAUGCUGCUAGUGGGAGGGCCGGAGUCACUUGCAGGAGCAGGAGGAGGAGCGGCAGCAGCAGCAGCAGCAGCACAAGGGUUCAGCGACAGCAGCAGCUACACCAGUGCUGGAGACUCCUUCUCCUUCGCUGCUCCAACUCCCACUGCUGCUUCCGCCACCGUUGUUGCUGUUGCUGCUGGCGCUGGUCCCGCCGCUGCCGCCACUGGCGCCAGUGGCAGUGCCACUGCAGGGAAGGGGCCAGCAUCUGGGGUCAAGAACAGGCCGCCUCCUGUGAAGCUCACGCCUCGACUCGCCACUGCUGCUGCAGCAGCAGGUGCGCGUGAUGCGUCGCCUGGCGGUGGCAGCACUCCUAACAGCGCGCGCGCGGAGGCGUGGAGAGGCGCGUGGAGCAGACCCCUCGCUCUUGCUGUGGCGCCCGUCAGGGGUGCUGCGAACGAUUCAAGUGCAGUUACGGUUGGUCGUGGUGGUGGUGGUGGUGGUGGUGGUGGUGGUGGUGUGCGUGGUAGUGGUGCUGCGGGUCGCAGCGUUGUAGCGCGGGGAAGGAGGGAGGGCGUGCUGUGGCUGAGCCGGCAUAGGAGGAUACGCAGUGGGGAGGGAGUGGGAGGAGCGGGAAAAGGUGGUGCCAGGGACGGUGGCGAGGGCGGCGGAAAAGGGAGGAGCGUGGCAGCAGCAGCCGAGGCUGGUGUGACGCGCAGUGAUGAGAGCGGAGCGCAGCCGCGCACCCACCCGCUGGUGGCGCAGACCCUCUACAGGCUGGAGCUGGCGGAGCGAAUGAGCGCCAGGGGGCGCGCAGGCGCAGAGGCAGGCGCGGGGGGGAGGGGAACGGCGGGCGGAGCGGCGGGGGGAGGGGGAGGGGCAGGAGGGGACGGAAUGGUGGGUAGGAGGGUGAGAGAGAUGGUGUUGGAAGAUGCACAGGCGAGGGCGGGGGAGUUGGAGGAGGAGAGCAUGGGGAGUGGGCAGCUGGGUCUGCAUGUGACUGUGCUGGUGCUGGGGCGCAGGGCUGUGGGGAAAUCCGCCACUGGAGGGAUUCAGGAGGUGGUGGGCGAGGUGUGUGGGGUGGGGGUGCGCGUGCUGGAGCUCCCAGGGCUGGGCACUGCAGGGGCGGACAUGGCGGUGGACCGAUUGGACUGGGAAGCAGGGCAGGGAGAGCCGCUGGAGGACCUGGAGAUGCUGUCUCGCGUGGGCGCCGCCCUGGGCCGUGACGUGUGGCGCAGCGUGGUGCUCGUUCUCACCCACGCCACUGCCGCCACGCCCACCGCCGCAGAAGCGCGACAGAUGGUGCUGGCGAAACGCAGAGAGCAGAGGCAGCAGCGGCAGGGGAGAGCGCCGGGGGAGCGGGGUGGAAAACGGGAAGGGGAGAGGCAGGGCGAGGGGGAAGGGGAUGGGGAAGGGGAGGUGGAGCGGCAGCAGGUGGCAAGAGCGCAGCAGGCGGUGCUGGGAGAGGUGGUGGCUCGGCGGGCGCAGUACUUGCAGCAGUGCAUCCGCGUGGCUGCUGGUGACCAGCGCCUGUGCAAUCCUGUCGUGGUCGCUGAGAAUGGCCUGCUGUCCGCUGCUCAGAUGAGGCGCUAUCGUGCUGAGCUCGCUGCGUGGGAGGGACGUGCAGAGCGGCUGUUGUGCAAGGAGCAGAGGCGGGUGAGGCGGCAGCAAGCACAGCUAAGGCAGGUGCAUAGGGCAGGAGGCGGAGGGGCAGCAGCAGCAGCAACUGCAAGCGGGGGCGAUUCUCAGCAGCAGCAAGCGCAGGGGCAGGAGCAAGAGCAGGUGGUGAAGCAAGGGUGGGCAGUUGUGGGAGGAGCAAGGUUGAGAGAGGGGAGCAACAACAGCAGCAGUGGCAGUGGUAAUGGUGGUGGUGGUAAUGGGAGGAGGGAGCGGCGGGAGAGAAUAGCAGUGGCGACAGCAGAGGUGGAGCUGCCUCCGUCCUUUCACUCGGACUGGCCGGCACACCACUUCAGACACGUCACCCGCCGCGGGGAGGUGAGUGCGGUGUUCCCGCUGUCUCUCCCGCCCCCCUGGCCGGUGUGGGAGCAUGCGCCGCCCUUCAACGCGCUGCUGCUCGACCGCUGCCUUGCCGCAUCCUCCCGCCUGCCCGCUGCCGUCACUGCACAGGGUUUCGGGGCCAUUUCGGGGUAUGAUGAUUGGGGGCAAAGCAGGGGAGUGAGAGAAGAGCAGGCGAGGGGAGGGGGAGGGGGGGACGCAGGAGGAGGGGCGGUGGGAGGGAUAGCAAGGGUAGCAGGCGGAGAAGGAGGAGUGGGGAGGGAGAGGGAAGGCGGGCUGUUGAAGGCCCUGUGGCGAAGCUUUUCCCGAGGUCCCAUGGAUGCAGCAAAGAGUGCUGCUGCUGCCGCUGCUGUUCGUGCAGGGGCUACUCGGGCCACAGCAGCAGCUGAGCGUGGAUCGGAUGGGGCAAGCGCAGCUAGAGGGCGAGGAGCAGGGGAAUCCGGGACAAGGGCCUCAGGUGGCGCUGCUUCCUCCUCGUUGCACGCCACUUCUGGUGCACGAGGAGCAGGAGGGGCAGCGUCAUUGGAGUUGGGAGCAGCAGCAGCAGCAGCAGCAGCAGCAGCUUCAGCAGCAGCAGCAGCAGCCACGUGCACGGUGCGGUCGGAUGUGAGAGUGUCACUGUUCCGAGGCAACAGGACGGCGGCUGGUGUGGCGGUGGCCAUGGGGAGCGACUAUGGCGACGGGAUUGCAGCAGGCGCUAAGCUGUCGUCGCGAGUGGCUGUGGGGCGGUGUGUGCGAGUGAGUGGGUCGGCAGCAGCAGUGCGGUGGGGGCAGGAGGAGGCAGUGGGCGCCACGUGCAGGCUACAGCGCCUUCAUAUUAGUCACACGGAGCCGCAAGUUAGGGAGCAAGUAGAAAUGGUUAUUACAGCGAACGACGAUGUCUGGCUGGAAGGAGAGGUGAUGCAGUGGGAGCAGCAAGAGCGGUCGGGGAUGCAGAAGCUUCGCGAGAGACGCCUCGCGAAAAUAGCCGCGAAAGCAGCGGCUGCUGGCGUCAUUCGGACCUCAGCAAUCCGUCCUCCCUGGGCAGGCGGCACGCUCGGACGAAAAAUUCCCUCCGCUGCCCCCUGGUCACCCUUCAGCCGAAACGUUUCCGCUGCGGCUGCCCGAGCCGCCCGGCCGUCACAACUAGCGCCAGAGCCGGCGGUCGACGAAGAGCCGGAUUUCCAGGACGAGUGGGCCGACGUGCGCGCUUCGUUCGACCUCACACUGGCCGAGUACAGAAAGACGUUGAAAACCCGAUCACCCAAGAUCGGAGAGACGCCCAACCCGCUGAAACACUUCCUUCCGCGCCUGGCUGCUGAUGUGGACGCGGCCGCGACGGACGCGCAGAACCUGGCCGUGGCGCCGGCGGCGGCGGUCGCGGGAGGAGCGACGGGCCUGUGGGAUGCGCCUACCCACCCGGGAGCGGCGGAGUGCGAGGAUUGCCGCGAGGCGGAGCAACGGGCGACCGUGGCUUACCUGCUCAACCAGCGCGGGUACGACGCGUGCCGGCGAGUGACGGAGUGGGCGUAUUCCCGCGGGAUCCCCUCAGGCGAGUACGAAUUUGUGGAGGUCGGCGUUCCUCCCGCCACUGGCGGAGCCAUGUCACCCGCGCCACAACCAACCAAGCCACAACAGCCGCGUCACCAGCAGCAGCAAACAGCAAGCGCAGGAAAAGCAAACUCACAGGACAAACCACCUGUACAGCAGGACCAAAAGCAGCAGGUAGUAAUAGUGGACAUAACCUUCCGCGCGCAGUUCACACUCUCCCGCCCAACCCCCGAGUACCAGGCGCUCUGGUCCGCCAUCCCCAGAGUUUUCGUUGGCACAUCCGCCACGCUGCGCAAGCUGCUUGCGCUGCUAAUCGAGGCCAUGCGCGUGUGCGUGGCGUCCCAGAGCCUCCAUCUCCCCCCCUGGCGCCGAUCGCAGUACAUGAACUCCAAGUGGCUUGCGCCUUCCCGCCGCCGGGGGGCCGCCGCUCCCCCCGCCGCCGCCUCCCCGUUCCCCUCCCCCUCCCCCUCGCAUGCUCCCGCGGCUCUCUGCCCCAUGCACCAGCGCGAAGCGGAGGCGGGGGACGCGUGGUGCGGCGCAUGCAGCGGAAGCAAGUCAGGCGCGGAGGCCGUGACGGGCGGCGGCGGGGAGAGCGGAAGCGGAAGGCCGCGGAGGCUGCGCGCUGCAGGCGCGACGGCGGCGGCGGAUCACGUCGGCGGGUCCAGCAGUUGCGGCAGCGCCCUGCUGUUGCCUGCUGGCUCCGCCUUCAGCGCCGCCUCCGCUGGCCAUGCGGAGGUGAACGCGGCGCUGUUCAUGCGCCAGCGCAGUGUCGCCGGCGCGCGUCAGAAUUCCGCCGCCGCCGUUAGCGCGACAAAUUAUCGUUCUCCUAGCAACGGGAGCGCGUUCCGGGGAGGCGCCACCACCAGCGACGUCUGUGGCACGGCAAUGAGUACGAUGGUUACCAGUAGUGCAAUUCCAAUCGCCAACCACAGCAGCCGUGUUCGCAAGGCCGGCCUGCUCAGCCUUCAGCUCAGAGCUUCCUCCGUGCCCGAAAUAGGAAACGGGUCUAUGAUCCAGCUGGGAGCGCAAUUAGCGACCCGACCAAGCUAG